GGCAGGGCCCAGCCUGUUGCUGGGGUGAUGGCCUUCUGGGUCUCACCCCACAGAAGCCCUAGGGGUCUGGGGAGGCGACAUGGUGGGCUCUGGGAUCCCAGCUUUGACUCUCUUCCUGCUGAUGCAGGGCUCAGUAGAUGGGAAUGGAAUCCAGGGAUUCUUCUAUCCAUGGAGCUGUGAGGGAGACGUGUGGGACCGGGAGAGCUGUGGGGGCCAGGCAGCCAUCGAGAAUCCCAAUCUCUGUCUGCGACUACGAUGCUGCUACCGCGAUGGGGUCUGCUACCACCAGCGGCCAGAUGAAACUAUGCGGAGGAGACACAUGUGGGCGCUGGGCUGGACAUGCGGAGGCCUCCUCUUCCUGAUCUCCAGCAUCUGCUUGUUCUGGUGGGCCAAGCGCCGGGAUAUGCUGCACCUUCCACAGUUCUUGCAGGGCAAAUGCAAGCUGUCCAGGACUGUCUCCCUGUUAUCCAAGGACCGGGGGACCGGGAGCGAGAAAAAGACGGCGUCCAUCGGCAGCAUGCCAGCCUCCCUGCCUCCAGAGGGGGGCUUGGAUGCCUCGGGGGCCACCGAAGGGGAAGGGACAGAAGGGGGCGAAGAAACGGAAGGGGGGGAUGAUGAAGAUUAGGGGCGCCCCCGGGGGGACCCCUCAAUACAGAUAUAGCAUAUAUAGAUGCGUGGUGUCUUUUCUGAGGGCCACAGGAGCAGGAGGCAGAGAGAACUCG